AUGCAGUGGACGGCACUACUCCUGGCUUCACUGGCCGUCACGUCACAGGUGUGUUCGCACUUUACCCUUCUACAAUAUCUCUUCUCUUCCAGGCCUUCUUCUUCGGCGGCGGCGGUGGUUCCGCGUGCGGCUGCUCCGCUCCUCCGGCUUGUCCCCCACCUCCUCCACCGGCUCCAUGCGGCGGCGGCGGCGGAUACAGAACCUUCUCGGCGCCAACGUUCGCCGCCCAGGGGGCCUACCCCCAAGCCGGAGGCUUCGCUGCUCCACAACCAGUCUAUAGCCGUGAGUUUGCAUGUCAUUCAUGUGAUAGGGGACCUAAUAUGCAUUUGUUUGCGUUUGAAUGCCUAUCUAACUGUACACUUUUCAUAUGUAAAUCGUGGGAAAUUGCUCGCGAAUGACGAUGGUCGUUGGUUUGUGUAAUAUCUGUUUUACAUUGGGAAAAGAGGAAAUGUGCUGACUUACACAAAAACAAAGGUUCAACAGAUAUUAUAUGUUCUACAAUUUUUGCAGAGCCCCAACCAUCCUACCUGCCGCCAGCGCCGAUUGGUGGAGCCGCUCCCUCCUCCUACGGAUCUUCCUACGCCGCGCCGGCACAGUUCCUCCCGCAGCCACCACCUCAACCGAUCGUCGCCCCACCACCACACGCCUAUGCUGCUCCACACAAGCGUCACAUUCAAAACGACAUGGAGGACACGGGCGUCGAUCAAGCCGAGGGUUACGUGGCGAGAGUGAAGAGAGACGACGAGACUGUGUUCGACCCGAAGUGCAACUCCGAAGACUUGAAGGCCAUCAUCGUUGCUGUGAGUCAAAUCUUAAUUUUAGAGCGUUCCAACAGCAAAUUCUUGCAGAACAUCCACGAGAGCACCGCUGUUGCGAAGCGGCAGAUCCAGACGGCUGCUGCCGAUGCUAUCGGAGGACGCGUCGACGUCAUCUGCUCAAAGGGCACCUUCUCCUACAUCGUGAACACCGAACUCUAUUGCGAAACUGAGAAGGACGGCACCACGUGCUUCGCCUUCAAGCAAUCCGCUUAG